AUGCUGCUGUCCCUGACCUGUCCGGCCGCUCAAGGCGAGCCGGAACCGAAGCGCGCCGCCGAGAUUGCCUCGCGCGCGAACGACUGGCUCGCCUCCGAGGUCAAACGCAAUCCGCAGCGAUUCGGUGCCUUGGCCGCUCUCUCCAUGCACAGCGGCGCAGAGGCGGCCAGGGCGAGAACCAGACGGCGUAUGGCGCCCGACGGCACCUCAUCGGAGGAGCCGUUCAAUUCCAACUGGACCUCAGCUUCCAUAUCUACGCGCUUUGCUCGAGCGCGAAACGUAAGGCCCCCUUGUUCCCUUUCCGAGCUGGAAACCGACUCAUCUUCGUUCUUAAGUGCUCCUUUCAACCUCUGGCGCGCCUGCCACUGGUAUAAUAAGCCGGUCAAACAGGAUACCCGACCGUCGAAGGAGGUCUAUGCCUACUACUUCAAGCACAAUGUCUCCAUCACACAUUACCCAUAUGACACGGUCCAGGAAGCCCAGGACUGGUGGAAGACCGUAGACCUACCCGACGCGCAAAAGAAGCUCGUUGCCCGAGAGAACGCCAUAAAGUUGUUCAAGCUGCCGCUUGAGCUUUAG